AUGCCUUGUCAAAUAGUCUUGAGCAAAUUUUGCUGCAAAAAAAAGGUAGUCGAAUACAUUUUGAAGGCUACCGUUUUCAAUCAUUUUCAGAUUAAAGAAAUUAAUGAAAAAGCAUAUUUUUCAAGAAACGCUGGUUUUUUUGCUGGUUUGGAUUACCAGCAAGCGGUUUUUUGGUGGAAAAACCAGCAAAAACCAGCAUGCACCAGCAAUGAGCAACCCUACUUGCAAUUGCGACAUAACGAUAGCGCAUUUAUUGAUCCCGCUUUUACUCACAGGAAGCAAAUCAAAAUUGAAUGGAAACUUUUGAGCUCGAAUAUGGGUCAACAUUUUCCUUUUCUCUAUCGCGACUACAUCAAACAUUAUUAUGUAUCAAAAGGCGUCAGACUACAGAAGAAUGUCGGCAGACGCGAUUUAAUAAUGUUAAGAGAAUCUGAUAAAGUUUGA